AUGCCUGUCAGCUGGGCCAAUGAUACACUUCGGUAUUCCACCUUCGCUUUCCUAUACGGGACCAUUCCCACUGCACCACCAGUCUAUCUGUUUGCAGCCGAAUACGGGGUUAUGGAGGUAGUGACCGGUGUUGGCCUUGUCUUUGGCACCUUUCUUUGUGCCCCCAUGAUGUUCAUCUUGGCUCGUACUGUUACAAUGUAUUUAGCGGAGCCGUCACAGUACGAUCAUUUGCUAGGAAACACAAUCACUGGAGUUUCCUGGCUAAGUGUGGCAGGUUGUAUACUGACAGCAGCUGUGCUCUUUUUGACUCGCAAGGCCUUUCGAAUCCCUCAUCGAUUCACUCUCUGUUACAUUGGCUGUGUGCUGCUUUCGUGCCUGGGCAUUAUUGCUGGGUACCUUUUAAACCGACGCGACCAUACCAGUGAUCUACACAUUUGGAGAGAGCAUGCACUGGACAAACCAGCUAACUGGUUGAAUUGUCUUCAAUUUACCAUAUUUUUCCUCGGUUGCACCGGAGCUCGCUUUUGGAUGACACUGAUUGCCUUCUCUCUGUUCCUGCAGCGGUUCCGGAGCGUCUGUUUUGUUCUGCGACACCAGACCUGGAUUUAUCUUGUCGGAUUUGCCCUCCCUGCUAUUGUCACCAGCGUACUUCUGCUCGCUUCGUCUUGGCACAUUGUCAACGACGUGGACCCCGCAUUUCAAUAUGGCCGCAAUCAGCUGAUCAUUGCUCUGAUCGUUCUGUUGCUAAACACAUUCGCCACAACAUUCUUCCUCAUUUGGUACAUCCGACUGGGCCCAACAACUAACGACAAAUCUUCACUCGAUCAGCACUCAUCGCCUCUCGCGCAACACAGUGAAUCUUCGGGGGAACACGACUCAUCGGGAUCCGAUGCUGCUUCAGCUGCCCGGCUGAGAAAUGACAAAGUAUCGGACCAUCAAGAUUCCGGAGAGGUGCAUCGCCGUUCGCUCACUUCUUCAUCGAACGUCUGCUCCUGUCAUUGCAUCACCUUGGAGUCACGUCGACAGUGUAAUCGGAUCAUACGUUAUGCGCGUCUUCUGUACGCCACUGUUGCCGAUGCUGCACAUUUCAGUGUGGCCGCUUUGACUGACACAAUGGACGCGGAGAAGACUGCACAUCAAUUUGUCACUUACCAUCUUGUCACAUGUUCCAACUGUAUCGCUGUGGAUGUUGUCUCUGGAACUAGCGUGAUCAAAAUGUUCUCAGAGGAUUCACUAAAACAAUGGCUAUCUAACUCUGGCUUGGUGGUCUCCGAUGCCGAUGGCGCCAUGUACAUAAACGCCCUCAAGUCCACUCGCGUGAUCGGAGAGGUGUGUCCAAACGAGUCCAUUCGAGCCAGACACUUUAGUGAUGUGACCUCCGAUCGUCUGCUCUAUUUUGUGAAUGCGUCCUCAGUUGAGCCUGAAACGAAUUCAGUUUGAGCUUACCAUCGUCGUUCCACUCAGUCUACUAGUUCUUUGUGCGGUUACCUCAACGCCUGACUUACUAUAUCCGUGAAAUUCAUGCUGUUGCUUUCGACCGUAGUCACCUCUACAUGACCAACAUCUCUUCGUUGAGGAACACGCUAGUGCACUGCUCUUUCCUUUCCCGCGUUAUCUGUUGUGUUGGUUCUUCGUGGUGUCUUU